GCACGCCGGGCGGUUGCCGGGGUGACGCGCGAGGCCUGGCGGGCCGGGGGCGCGAUGGCGGCGGCGGCGGCGCGGUCGGAGGGUCCCCCGCUGCCCGGCCCGCCGGGGGGCCGCCCGCGGCCCGUCUGCUCGCGGCCCUACUUCCUCGUCCUCAUGGUCUUUGCCCAUCUCUACGUCCUCAACGUGCUGGGGCUGCUGCUCUUCGUGCACCUCAGCGCCGGCGAGGCCGGCGGGCCGCCCGCGGCCCCCCCGCCGCCGCCGCCGCCGCCCGCCCGCGCCCUCCCGCGCCUCGAGGGCAUCAAGGUGGGCCACACGCAGCGGGUGGAGCUGGUGCCCGGCAGGGUCCACGCCGUGCGCACCCUCAGCCUCAAGCCGCUCCUCUUCGAAAUUCCCGACUUCCUGACGGAGGAAGAGUGCAAGCUCAUCGUCCAUCUGGCACAGCUGAAGGGGCUGCAGAAGAGCCAGAUCCUACCAACGGAUGACUAUGAGGAAGCCAUGGAAAUGAUAGAAAUCAGCCAGAUGGACAUUUUCAAUCUGCUGGACCACAAUCAGGAUGGGCAGCUGCAGCUCAAAGAGGUGUUGACCCACACCCGGCUUGGGAACGGCAGGUGGAUGACCCCCGAAAACAUCCGGGAGAUGUACACUGCAGUCAAGGCUGAUCCUGAUGGGAAUGGUGUGCUGAGUUUGGAGGAGUUCAAACGAUUGAAUAUCCGUGAUUUCCACAAGUACAUGGGAAGCCAGAAAGUGAAGAUGAGUGACUUGGUGCGCAACAGCCAGCACACCUGGCUGUACCAGGGCGAGGGGGCACACCAGGUCAUGAGAGCCAUACGGCAAAGGGUAAUGCGCCUGACUCGCUUGCCCCCCGAGAUUGUGGAGCACAGCGAGCCCCUCCAGGUUGUGCGGUACGACCAAGGAGGGCACUACCAUGCCCACAUGGACAGUGGCCCCGUCUUCCCCGAGACCGCCUGCAGCCACACGAAGCUGGUCGCCAAUGAAAGCGCUGCGUUUGAGACCUCCUGCCGGUAUGUGACAGUGCUGUUCUACCUGAACAAUGUGACUGGGGGAGGUGAAACAGUCUUUCCUAUAGCUGAUAACAGGACAUACGAAGAGAUGUCUUUGAUCCAGAACGACGUUGACCUGCGAGAUACUCGGAAAAACUGCGACAAGGGCAAUUUGCGAGUGAAACCUCAGCAAGGCACUGCUGUCUUCUGGUACAACUACCUGUCAGACGGAGAAGGCUGGGUGGGGGAGCUGGAUGACUUUGCCCUGCACGGGGGCUGCCUGGUCACCCAAGGCACCAAGUGGAUUGCCAACAACUGGAUCAACGUGGACCCCAACCGCCGGCGGCAGCUGCAGUUCCAGCAGGAGAUGGAGCGCUACGCGGGGGCCGAGGCCGGGGCCGGAGCCCCGGGCGAGUGGACAGUGGAUAAAGCCUACAGCGGGGUGCACCUGGAGCUGUAGGGUCGGGGGGGACGGGGGACGGACAGACACGGCGGAGGGGCCCGGCCGCGCGCACGUGGCCUUUUCCCGCGCUGGGCGGAGGGGCGGGGCCGCGGGCCACGUGCGCGGCCGGGCCGCGUUGCGCGCCAAUAAAGCGUGGAGACACGGG